CCUCGAGCGUCUUUUCGUGGUCGCACGGUCUUCAGUCCUGCCUCCUGCCGAUCGACGUGCGGACGCGCCUCUGUUGAUCGCACUUUCGAUAUACUCUCAAACUCGCUCCGCUCGCUGUGGAACUUCGAGAGUGCACAAUGUUCUCCACGGUGUUACCGUUUCUGUUGGCGAUCGGUGGGAUCACGGCGCAAUGUCUCACGGGCAACGACAGCCCUGCGAUGAUGAAUCCGGAAUCGAAGAUGUCGUUGAUCGAAUCCCGUUUUAAUUUCGCUCUGGACAGCCUGAAGAAAGCCGAGCAGAUCGAGACGGAGAACAUCUUCUUCAGCCCGCACAGUUUGUACCAGGCGGUCAGUCUAGCCUAUUUCGGGGCACGUGGCACCACCGAGGCCAAUCUGAAGAGGGCCCUGCGCAUCCCCGACGACCUGAGCAAGGUCGACGUGCAACGCUACUACGCUUUUGAGAACUCUCUCGACGAGAUGCACAACAACCAGACGAACGUGUCCGAUAAUUAUGAGUACAGGGUGGCGAACCGGCUGUGGGUGUCGGACGACAGGAAGCUGCGCGAAUGCAUGCUCGACUUCUUCGGCGAGCAGCUGGAAAAGGCCAACUUCCGCGCGAAUCCCGACGAAAUGCGCAUUCGGAUCAACGACUGGGUCAGCAACAUGACGAAGGGACACAUCCGCGACCUCUUAACGCCCGGCAGCAUCGAUAGCGAAACCGAUCUUGUCUUGGCAAACGCGGUCUAUUUCAAGGGUUUGUGGCAGUAUCGCUUCGACCCCAACAAUUCCAAGCGCGACAUUUUCUACGAAAAAGCCUCCGGCUCGCAACUCUCCAUCGUCACGUUCAUGCGACAGAAGGGCAACUUCAAUUUCGUGGUCUCCGAAGUCCUGGGCGCCUACGUUCUGGAGUUACCGUACAAGGGCAACGAGAUAUCGAUGUUCGUCCUGUUACCGCCGUCCGUGAUUGUGCAAUCCCAGAAUCCGGGCAUCGAGCCCCGGAACAGCAUUCACCAGUUCAUGGAACGCCUGGCGACGCAGAGAGGAUCUCAGGAGCUGCGUGAACUGCUCGACGACGGAAUGCCGCUGCGGGAGGUCGAGGUGAGCCUGCCGCGCUUCGAGCUCGAGCGGGACCUCCAGGUCGGUCAGCUUCUGACCGCGCUUGGCGCCGGAGAGCUUAUGGUGCCGAACGUGGCCGAUCUGCGCGGCUUCGUCGCCGAUGGUGAACGCGGGCUUCAUCUCGGCGACGCCGUGCAUCGGGCCAAGAUCGAGGUUACGGAGGAAGGCACGACGGCCGCCGCGGCGACCGCUCUCUUCAGCUUCCGGUCGAGCCGACCGACCGAGCCAGCUGUCUUCAAUGCGAACCACCCGUUCGUCUACCUGAUCUACGACAAGAAGAGCCACACCAUCCUCUUCUCUGGUGUCUUUCGCUCACCACCUGGAGCCCAGCCUGCCACCGUCUAGCGCAGUCGAUCCUCGCGAAUGACGGGGUCAAUCUCGCUGAAGUCGCGAAGGAAGGACAGUUCGGUUGAAUUUACCUGAAAUGUUGAAGGAAACAGGAUUUCCGAUUAUACGAGAACCGAAUAUGGCUCGUGAGAAGCAGAAAUUCCGUUUCCUUCAAUCCAAAUUCGCGUUUGAUUUGUCCGUUUUCAGGUUAGUACAGCCAAACUGUUUUUUCCAUGUUGACGACUCGAGGAGGAGCCGACGAGACGCAACGGCGGAUCGUCCGUCGUCGAGUCUGCCUCGUGACGGCAAUUUUUACGGGCAAAUUGUUGAACGGUCCUUGUUGAUGACGCUCGGAGGCAAUGUCGAUCCCUCUUGGGUGGGAUCAUGUGAAGGAUCGCCUCCUGCGCGACUUUCCGCAGGCAUAAGGACGUUGCCAAAGAUCGUCGGCGAUCUUUGCGAGGAGUCGUGCGAAUUUCAUUUAUUUAUUCUUGUGUUUAGUACGAACAUUUUCUGCAUUCCUUGUUGAACAUUUCCAAGUGGAUUUCCAUGGAAAUCUAUAAGAAUUCAUGUGAAUCCAUAUAGGAAAAUGCAUGUAGGAAUCCGCAUGAUUUGUAAAAAUUCAUAUAAGAAUAUAAGAAUAUAUAAGAAUCCACGUGAAUUUCUAUACAGCGCGUUCAAAGGAUAUCGUAAAGGCGUCCCAGAAUACUCGAAUGUUCCUACAACAUUUCUCAAAUGUUUGUGUUAUAUGAGUCCCUACUUAAGAUCUGGGUUUUUGGCGCAAAUUCUCAGAGGCAAUCAUGGGAUUCCGUAUGAAUUUCUCAUAUGGAUUCUUACCUGGUUUUUUCAACAGGAUUGAGAUAUUUUACUUAUGUUUAAUUAUGCGGCGACGAGCGAUUACGAGAUAAAAUGGUACAAAGUUCGGUAUGAAGAUUCGAUGGAAAACGGAUAAUCGACGACUUUGAGAUUCGAUUGACGACUGAAUUUCAUUUUGUUUCUGGGAUCGAUAAAUCGAAUAAUUGUACUCAUAUCAUCAGCGGAAGCUGAUGAGAAUGUAUCGUGGGGAUUUAUGUAAUAAGACGGAAAGUAAAAGAUACAUACUUUAGACACACAAUUAAACGUUUCGAUAUGCAUCUCUCUUUUCUCAAGUUUCCUUCAUGUUAACGCAGCAACGUCAGUUUGUUUUUCUCUAAAAACAAAUAAAUUAGAAACGCAGGACUCUCUUUGUAGAGGUAACAGGAAUGGAUGAUUCCCAAAUUCCUGUAGUUCACUCAUUUGGGAAACGAUAAACAAGAAAUAUACUUCAGUGCAGUUAAAUCUUUUAAUUUAAUUAUAAUUUAAUUUAUUUAUUAUCGCACGAGCAAAUCCUUUUUUUAACUUUACGACAAGAGGUUUUUUCAUAAAUGAUAGUUGCAUAUUAAAUAUUUUACAGUGAAAAAAAAUAUAUAGGUGCAGUAAAAAUUAAUACAAAUAUAUUAAUAAACGGCUAUAUUAGUAAUUAAUUAAAAAAGAAAGAAAUAAUGGCCAAUAAGAGCUAAAUUGCGGCUAUUGUAAAGAUACAUGUUAAUUAUCGUGAGUAUAAUAGAGAUAUAAAUAUAUUUUGUGUAAUUAUUAUAGGGAGAUAGAAAUAUACGUAAUAAAUUAUUUUUUAAUUCCGUC